AUGGGUCGGCGUUACAGCAAGAUGCAGUUUGACAAGAGGAAACCAUCAACGCCUUCCUCGGACACACUCCAAUGGGUUCUUAAUGGUUACUACCAGCCACCAUCAACGCCAGAAUGGGGUUCUAAUAGUCACAACCAGCCACCAUCCAAGGUGGUUUUGACUCUGCCUCAUUCAGUUGAAUCCGAGAGAAACAUAACUGAUUCAGCCACGAAGAUUCAGAGGGUUACAAGAGGGUUUCUUGUGAGGAAAACUAUUAAGAAGAUGUUGAAGAUGAAGGUGGAGUUGGAGGAGAUUAAAAAGAAGGUGAACGAUGAAGAAACCGUGAAGAUGAUAAAGGAAGUGCAAAUGGAGAGAAGAAGGAUCGAUGAAAGCCUCACGAGUUUGCUUCGUAGGUUAGAUUCUGUUAGAGUGUUUGAUUGUUCCCCUCUUAGAGAGUUUAGAAAAUCACUUAUUAAUAAAGCUAUUUUUCUUGAUGAAUUUGUUGAUCAAAUUCAAAUGGUGGUUAAGUGUGAAGAUGAAGAUGAGGAAAUAUUGAGAAGGAUGAUGGAUGAGAAUAGGGAGAUGGUAAGAAGGAUGAUGGAUGAGAAAGAGAAGCAAUCUUCAGUACUUACAUCUCUCACACAAAGAGUGGAGCAGCUUGAGGAAGCAUUCACUAGUGAUGCAUUUGAUAUGAGUUUUGCUAUCUUUUUUUUUCUAAUCUUUUUUUUGUAA